AUGGACAUGGACACGCUCCCUUCCACGAUCCGAGAUGCCAUCAUUGUCACUCGCAGCCUGUCGAUUCCUUACCUCUGGGCCGAUGCCCUUUGCAUCGAGCAAGACAGCCAAGAGGAUAAAAUGGAUCAGAUCGGGCGAAUGGGGGAUAUAUACGCCUCGUCGGCCGUCACCAUCGUCGUCGCACGCGCGACGACAGCUUUCGAGGGUCUCCUGCACCCUACUACUCUUCGCUCUAAGACCACUCACCUCAAGAUUCCGCGAUGCAACAACAGAGCGCGAAAUGCCAGAGACUCGCUCUACUUCCCCCAUACUCGUCAUAACAGGUGCACUGUCGACUUUAGCAAGGACGCUCCGUACCUCUACUCUCUCCUCCCUACCCCUGCUUCCUCUCAGCACGAAAUCGACAACGGCCCUCCUCGCAAGAGAGACGAUAUCCUCAACUUCUGGCUUGAACUGGUCGGCUCUUAUAGCCUUCGCACAUGUACAGUCAAGCGCGAUACGCUAAACGCCAUAGCGAACCUCGCAUCUCUUGCCUCCUUCCGCUCCGCGCUGGAAACCUACUACGCCGGACUCUGGGAGUAUAACCUUGCACGCCAGCUCACGUGGUACCGAUCGACUAGCAACAUCCCGUCCGGCUUCGAUGUGAACCAUCUGCGAUACAGAGACGGGGACUUUGGCGCGACCUCCUGGUCGUGGGCGAGCGUGGAUGGCAGAUGGGUCCAGUUUUGGUGUGAACUGAGGGGCGUCGCACCUACAGCGGUCCAAGUGCACGUCGAGGUCGCGGGCUAUCUGGCUGCGCCGAUGUCGACGUCGAAUCCCUUUGGAGAGCCGCGCUUCGCACAACUAAGGCUGCGCGGUGUGGUGAGAAUGGCGUGGUUCGGCGAGUCGGACUGCCCUUGCAGGGUCUUCUUUCUUCCCGUCUCUGCUUCGGCUCACGGAAAAAAGGGGGGCGAACCAGGUGGGAAGAGCGAAGACGGCGUAGGGACUUGUGGUCUGGAUGAGGCAAUUGCCCGACACGACUGCGAGUACUUCACACCGGUGGCAAGCAUACAGGAAGCAAUGGCUCGUCGCGGAAGGACGGCAAGACAUAAACUCGUCGGCCUUGACGACGAGAAAGGACCUCGCGACCCGGUCUUAGUGUUCUGCUUGCCCGUGAUCGACAGCAGUGGUAAACCGUCAAUGUUCAUCAUUACUAGUGAGCGCGUGGAUGGGUUGAUAUUGGUGCGAACGAGAACCGAAGACAGAGAUGAAGCAUAUCAAAGGCUUGGUGUCUUCUGGGUGGCAAAGAAAGAAGCCUUUGACGGUCUGGAAAAAACGGAGCUGACUCUUGUGUAG